AUCUCAUUCCAUUUUACGUGCGUUGUAGUAAAGCUUUCUUUUCUUUUCUUUUCUUUUCUUUUUUUCUUCUAAUAUUUUCUCACCAUGGAACUAUUACCACUACUAGAUAAUGUUCGACCAAUUCUAGUCACACUUCUAAUUUUCCUCAUCACACGCUUCUCCAUUCAUUCUCUCCUAAUCAAACCCCACAAAAAGCUCCCACCUGGUCCCAAAGGCUGGCCCUUCGUAGGAGCCCUUCCUCUACUCGGCUCCAUGCCCCACGUAACCCUAGCCAACAUGGCUAAGAAGUACGGACCAGUCAUGUUCCUCAAGAUGGGCACGUGCAACAUGGUCGUCGCCUCCACCCCAGACGCCGCACGUGCCUUCCUCAAAACCCUAGACCUCAACUUCUCCAACCGCCCACCCAACGCCGGCGCUACCCACUUGGCUUACGAUUCCCAAGACAUGGUGUUCGCUGACUAUGGCCCUCGGUGGAAGUUGCUGAGGAAGCUCAGCAACCUCCACAUGCUCGGCGGCAAGGCUCUCGACAACUGGGCUCCAGUUCGAGACGCCGAGCUCGGCCACAUGAUUCGAAGCAUGUGUGACUAUAGCCGCCGUGGCGAGCCCGUGGCCGUGCCCGAGAUGCUGACCUAUGCUAUGGCCAAUAUGAUUGGUCAGGUGAUAUUGAGCCGGAGAGUGUUCGUGACGAAGGGGAAGGAGUCGAACGAGUUCAAGGACAUGGUGGUGGAGCUGAUGACGUCGGCGGGGUUCUUCAACGUCGGCGACUUCAUUCCGUCGAUUGCUUGGAUGGAUUUGCAGGGAAUCGAGGGUGGAAUGAAGCGAUUGCAUAAGAAGUUCGAUCUGAUUUUGACCAAGAUGAUCGAUGAGCACUUAGCCUCUUCUCAACAACGCAAGGGAAAUCCUGAUUUUCUCGACGUCGUUAUCGCCAUUAACCGGGACAACUCUGUUCCCGACGAUGAAAAGCUUUCUCUCACCAAUAUCAAGGCUCUUCUUUUGAAUUUAUUUACAGCUGGGACGGACACGUCAUCAAGCAUAAUAGAAUGGGCACUAGCCGAAAUGCUGAAAAACCCCAGAAUCCUGAAACGAGCCCAGGAAGAAAUGGAUCGGGUAAUCGGGCGGGACCGGCGGCUCCAAGAAUCCGACCUACCGAACCUCCCAUACCUCACGGCCAUAUGCAAGGAGACCUUCAGAAAGCACCCAUCCACACCGCUGAACCUGCCACGUGUCUCGACGGAGGCAUGCCAAGUGGACGGCUACUACAUCCCGAAGAACACGCGGCUGAGCGUCAACAUCUGGGCGAUCGGGCGUGACCCGGAGGUGUGGGAGAACCCGGCGGAGUUCAACCCGGAUCGGUUUCUGAGCGGGAAGAAUGCAAAAAUCGACCCGCGUGGGAAUGACUUCGAGCUGAUACCGUUCGGAGCCGGGAGAAGAAUCUGCGCCGGGACGAGGAUGGGAGUGGUGCUGGUCGAGUACAUAUUGGGGACUUUGGUGCACUCGUUUGAGUGGAAGUUGCCUGCUGAUGUGGUUGAGCUCAACAUGGACGAAGCCUUCGGUCUUGCUUUGCAGAAGGCUGUCCCUCUUUCUGCCAUUGUUACUCCACGCCUUGCCCUACCUGCAUACUAAGUGGACCGGUGCACUUCUUUCGUGUUUUUGGUGCCUGAAAAGUUUCCGGCGCAAAUUUAUUAUGACCGUCUAUGUUGUAGUGAUUUUAAAAAUUAUGUCGAAUUUUCUAAAAAUUCUAAAUAAUUUACCGUAUCGAAAAUAAAGUUAAAACUGAUUGUACAAGUAUAAAGAAAAUUAGUCAUUCAUGUAAUAAAAUCGUGUUUUCGACA